UCUCAAUUGUCUCAAGGUUUAAAAAACCUUCUUUAACCUGUCUCCUCCCCUUCAUCUACACUUACUGAAGUGGGUUUAACAAGGUACAUCAAUAAGGGAUCAUAUAUUUCAACUGGAUUCACCUGGUCAGUCUAUGUCAUGGAAUUGUUCUUAAUGUUUUGUACACUCAGUGUACAUGAGGCAUUUUUGUGAGAAUUAUGCUACAUCUCUUCAAAAGGCAAAUUUACAGAAAAAUAUAAGUAAUCAAAAAGUUGAUAUUGAACACUAUUUGAAAUCAGUGUUAUUAUCAUGCUAAAACAUUGAUUGAAUAUCGGGUUUGAAACGAAUAACUUGCCUCAGUUAUAUCGGUGUUGGAUUUCAGCGGGACGGAUGAGAAGAAGGGGGUAUAUUUCCUGUAGACCGGACGGUCAGUCAGGCGCAUAUCCUAUUUCUAUCCAAGCCGUUUGCAGACGUAGUGCACUCACUACACUGAGAGCAGCGGUCACAAGUCAAGUCUGUCUCGGCAAGUCAAUUUUGUAUCUAAACUGGAUAUACAAGACUUAGCUCUCUGCUGAAGAGACAGAAGAUGGACUCAGCCAUUAACAGCCACCUUGUGCGGAACCAGUCCAUUCUUUCGAGUGCUGGGUAUUCCAACGAGACCUGUCGCUUCGAUGAGGAGUUUAAGUACAUCCUACUGCCUGUUUCCUAUAGCCUGGUGUGUGUUCUGGGUCUGGUGCUGAACUCUGUGGCUCUGUGGAUGUUCCUGACCAAGAUGCGACCGUGGAACACCAGCACUGUCUACAUGUUCCACUUGGCCCUCUCAGACUUCCUGUAUGUUCUCUCCCUGCCCACCCUCAUCUACUACUACGCUAACCGCAGCCACUGGCCCUUCGGUGUGGCCGCCUGCAAGAUUGUCCGCUUCUUGUUCUACGCCAACCUCUACUGCAGCAUCCUCUUCCUCACCUGCAUCAGCGUCCACCGCUACCUGGGCAUCUGCCACCCCAUCAAGGCCCUGACCAUGGUGAAGCCGCGCCAUGCCCAUGCCGCGUGUGGCAUGGUGUGGGCUGCCGUCACGGCGUGUCUGGUGCCCAACCUCAUCUUUGUCACCACCAGCCAGAGGGACAACGACACGAUGUGUCACGAUACGACCAAUCCGGAGCAGUUUGAGGAGUAUGUGGACUACAGCUCUGCGGUCAUGGUCCUGCUGUUCGGCGUCCCCUUCAUAGUCAUCAUGAUCUGUUACUGUCUGAUGGCAAUGGCUCUGUGUCGGCCCAGACGGGGGCUCUCGCCAAGCCAGCAGAACUCACCCUCACGCACCAAAUCCAUCAAGCUGAUUGUGGUGGUGCUGGUGGUGUUCGCCGUGUGUUUUGUACCCUUCCACAUCACACGCACCCUUUACUACGCCUACCGCGUGCUGGAUGCCAAAUGUGAACUCCUGAACAUCGUCAACUUUGCCUAUAAGAUCACCAGGCCCCUGGCCAGUGUGAACAGUUGUAUUGAUCCCCUCCUGUAUUUCCUGGCUGGGGAUCAAUACCGCUCUAAGCUGGUCAAAGCUCUCACUGGAAAGAGACAGACAACCACCAGCCGCUCUGCUGCCUACCUGAAAAAGCGCCCCAAUAAGAACCAUAAGAUCACCCUGGUCUAUAAGAACCCAGAGCCUAAAGCCAGCACUGAACCUGAGAGAGUGCGUUAAACAUAUGUACAACUAUGGGGCAUCAUAUAGAUAUGCCUAACCUCUGUGAUAUAAACAGGGAGGAAACAGUUAACAGUCCUGGGCUGGCCACUACACAGCUGCACUUUCUUUGGAUGCGGUUCUGUCAUUUCGGACACAGGAUGACUACUGUCCAGGCUGAUCAAAGGGGCCUCUUGACAGAGCUCAGAUCUGAAUGAGAAGUUCAGUUCCUAUAAGGUUGUUAGGUCAACGCAGAUAAUGGCAUGUUAAAGAGAAUGAAGAAGUGGGAGUACGGUUGAGUUCAGAAAACAGCAGUGGUGGAAAAAGUACCUAAUUGUCAUACUUGAGUAAAAGUAAAGAUAACUUAAUAGAAAAUGACUCAA